CACACCGUGUUUACUCCCACUGAAAAAUCACCACUUUUAUUAUUACCCACUAAAAUCACUUAUUCGCCCUACACUACAUUUUCCGAUCGCCGAUCCGACGGCACCUCCAAUUCGUCGCCGGAAACGGAUCCACACUCCGACCCGGAUCCGAGAACCAUCAACCCGGUCCCCCAGCCCCAAUUUUUCUAUUACACAAAACCCUAACCUGUCCCAUUUGGUACCCUCCACUUUGUGUGUCUGUUGUAUAAAAUAAAAAAGGGGUUUCUCUGUAUUUGUGUGAGUGUGUUUAGUACAGUGAGAUUCACAAGCAGCUCAUCUUGAUUUUUGCUUUUGCUCGAGCUCCGAAGUACACGUGGCGAUCUGGGUCGGCUUCGCCUCCAAUUGUUGCUCAAAUUUCAACACGAAAUUGAUGUCGGAUACGAGAUCUUGGCUUUGCAUUCAGUCAAGUAUGUCGAGCUGGUCAUAGCUUUUGUUUCAAGAGUUUGGUUUUGAAGUAAUUUGAGUUCCUACAUGGAAGCAAACCUAGAGGAGGCUCUUAAAGCCAAAGAGAUAGCCGAGAAGCGAUUUGUGGAGAAAGACUUUGCAGGUGCGAAGACUUAUGCAUUAAAGGCUAAAUCACUGUAUCCAGCACUGGAGGGUAUAUCUCAAAUGGUGACCACAUUUGAAGUUUAUACCGCUUCUGAGGCUAAAUGUAAUGGUGAAGUGGAUUAUUAUUCAAUUCUUGGAUUGAAACCUUUUUCUGAUAAAGAUGCAGUAAAGAAACAAUACAAGAAGAUGGCAGUGUUGCUCCACCCUGAUAAGAACAAAUGUGUGGGAGCUGAUGGGGCAUUCAGACUUGUUUCCGAAGCGUGGACAUUAUUGUCUGAUAGUACUAAGAGAAGCUCUUAUGAUAUGAAGAGAAACAAGCAAUCAUCUUCUGGGGUUAACCAGACAAAUUUAUCUUCUGUUCAUGCUACGGGGGUUACAGGUUUUAACAACGGUUCCAAUUCGUCGAAUUCUCAGGGUAGACUUGACACUUUCUGGACUGUUUGUACCUCUUGUAAAGUUCAGUAUGAGUAUUUGCGGAAGUAUGUGAAUAAGAGACUUUCUUGUAAGAAUUGUCGUGGGAUCUUCAUUGCGGUGGAAACUGGGACAGCCCCAGCAAAUGGUUCUUUCCCUUAUUGUCCUUGGUCACAUGUGCCUGGUAAUGGGUAUGGAAGUCAUGCAUUCGAUGGCGUUACUUAUAUUCCAGCGAAUACUACCACCUAUGUUGCAGGAAAUGGGGUCUCAGGAUUUCAUUCUGGACAUGGAUAUGAAUAUGUUUCAAAUGUGUCGUUUCAGUGGAGCUCUUUCUCUGGAACUUCUGCUGGAAUUGUGGGUCCUAAUGGGCCAUCUACCGUAUCCACUGAUGUAUAUCAGGCCAAUGGAAAUGUUAACAGUGCAAGAGCCAAGGUUAAAUCAGGAUCCAGCAGAAAACAUUUGAUGGAAAACGCUGUUGCUAAUAUAAAUUCAUCCACUGGCUGCAGUGAACCUCCAGGGUCUAAGACUGGUAGAUCCGAAAAGAAAAGGAAGGUGAUCGUGGGAACCAGUGUUAGAAAUGGGUAUGAAGACAAGGGAUCAAAAUCUGCUUCAGAAGCAAGAGUGGCUGAUGGAAAUGCAAGUAAUGGACAUGAUCCCAAGCUUAGUAAUCCAAGUGAACUUCCAACUAGACGUUCUGUUGCACCUGCAUUUGAUGCUAGAAAGUUGUUGAUUGAAAAGGCAAGGACAGAAAUUCGGAAGAAAUUGGAAGAGAUGAAGUUGGUGUCAGAGGCAGCUGCUGCGGUUAAGCAGAAUGCAAAAGCACAGGCAGGACUUGAUCAAUCGGGAAGAACUGAAGAGGCACCUAAAAUAGCAGAUUUGGGUGCUUCUGGUCAUCAAUUAGAGGCAAGUAAAACCCGACCAAUCUCACUUGCAGUCCCUGACCCUGAUUUUCAUGAUUUUGACAAAGAUAGAUCAGAGCAAUGCUUCAAGCCAAAACAAAUAUGGGCAUUAUAUGAUGAAGAAGAUGGUAUGCCUCGCUUGUACUGUCUUAUCCGUGAGGUCAUCUCGGUUGAACCAUUCAAGAUUCAUAUCACUUACUUGAACUCUAAAACUGAUAGUGAGUUUGGGACAGUGAACUGGCUGGAAUGUGGGUUUACCAAAUCAUGUGGAAAUUUCAGAGCUUGGAACUCAGAUGUUGUCGACCAAGUCAAUGUUUUCUCCCAUGUUCUUAGCCGGGAAAAAGCCGGAAGGGGAGGUUGUGUUCGAAUAUACCCCAGAAGCGGAGAUAUUUGGGCAGUAUACCGGAAUUGGUCACGAGAUUGGAACAGAUCAACCCCAGAUGAAGUGAGGUACCAGUAUGAAAUGGUGGAGGUUCUCGAUGAUUACUCUGAAGAGCUUGGUGUUUGUGUAGCUCCCCUUGUCAAGUUGCCUGGAUUUAAGACAGUAUAUCAAAGAAAUACCGACAAAAGUGCCAUUCGAUGGAUCCCACGAAGAGAGAUGCUACGCUUUUCACACCAGGUGCCAUCUUGUCCACUCAAGGAAGAAGGAAGUAAUUUGCCAGAGAAGUGUUGGGAUUUGGAUCCGGCUGCAACUCCAGAUGAGCUGCUUCAUGUUGCUACAGAUGCAGGCACAUAACAUACUAGUCAAGCGGGAAAGGAAGUUCAGUUUGGAGUUCGUUUUUUAGCAUUCUUUAGACAAAUUUAGAUUUAACUGUACAAAUAUGUCUCUCUCUCACACUUUGGUUAGAGGCCAAUGUAACAUUAACCCCAUAUCGUUUUAGGGGGUGCAGUGUUUACGGAGUGAAACUUGUGUCUAGAAUAUUGUUAAAAUUCUAAUUACCUGUUGUUUACAAACAUUUCUUUUCAAUGAUAGCUGUAACACCUAAUGACUAAUGCA